AUGGCACCAUCUAUUGCCCAAACCUCCACCGCGGAAGUCGUGGUUCCUGUAAAGGCAACUCCUGGAACCACCGAAACCAAACCCAGAGUGAGAAGAAUCAUUGACGAGGAAGGAGGAAAGACUACUGCUAGUUAUCCACACUACUUGCCUGUCUACGACCACGACGAGAAAUACCCACCUCUAGAACCCUUCACCCACGUCGAUCACGGGAAAGAUGCCGACCCCUCCUUCAAAGACCUGCUCACCGAAGGCUCCAAGAUCCAAAAGUUGACUCCAACUAUCGGCUCUGAGGUUACAGGCAUUCAACUGAGCAAGCUUACACCUGCCGGAAAGGACCAGCUCGCUCUUCUCGUCGCUCAACGUAAAGUUGUGGCAUUCAGAGAUCAAGACCUCGCCGAUCUGCCAAUCCAAGACGCCCUCGAUUUUGGAGGCUACUUUGGUCGCCACCAUAUUCACCCAACUAGCGGAGCUCCUGAGGGGUACCCUGAGAUUCAUCUUGUCCACCGGAGCAAUGACGCGUGGGAGUAUGAUGAAUUCCUCGCUACCAGGAACAGCAGUGUCGCAUGGCACUCCGAUAUCACGUAUGAGCAGCAGCCACCCGGCACUACGUUUUUGUACAUCCUUGACACCCCUGAAGUGGGCGGCGAUACUGCAUUCGUCGACCAUGUUGAGGCAUAUAACCGGCUUUCGCCGGCGCUCAAGGAACGUCUGCACGGGCUGAAGGCUGUGCAUUCCGGGGUUGAGCAGGUUGAGUUUAGUCUCAAGCGUGGGGGUGUUGCUCGACGGGAGCCAGUAAAGACCGAGCAUCCUCUCAUUCGAACCCACCCCGUGACUGGCGAGAAAGCACUUUUCGUUAAUGGUGGCUUUACUCGCAGUAUCGUUGGACUGAAAAAGGAGGAGAGUGAUGCCCUUCUAGGGUUCCUGCUCAAUCAUAUUAGUCGCGGAAUUGACUUCCAAACUCGUAUUCGAUGGGCUCCAGGGACUGUUGUUGUCUGGGAUAACCGCGUCACGGGUCAUUCUGCGAUUGUUGACUGGACGACUGAUGAGCGUCGCCACUUGGCGCGCAUUACCCCACAGGCCGAGCGUCCCUAUGAGACACCUUAUGUUCUAGAGCAGACCAAAGCCAAGGCUUGA